AAAGUCAAAGUCACAUGAUCAUUCCAUGAGACAAAAUGGCGGAAGGGGAGGUAGCAAAGCUACAGAACCACUUGAGUCUGCUGAGAGAGGAAUAUGUCAAGCUCCAGAACCGCUUGUCAGAGGUCGAGAAGAAAUAUCAGAUAGCUGUAGCUGCUUUAGGACAGGAAGGGGAUGACAACUUUGUAGCAAGGCUACUGAAAACUGUGUCAGACCUUUUUGAUAAAGAGCUCUAUAGUGAUUUGACUGUAAGUCUAGAAGGAUCCAGGAAUUUGAGGGGCCAUCGUUUUGUUUUGGCAGCUAGAAGCGAUUACUGGGGUGUGGAUGACCUUUCACAAGUCACAACUCUUGAUCUCUCAGAUAUAAAGUAUGAAGUUUCUUAUGCAUUGAUGAAAUGGGUAUAUACAGACAGCAUAGACAUAAAGACUGAUGAGCUCUUCUUAUUAGAAUUACUGCGCACAGCCACUCGUUUCAAGUUAAAAGUUUUACAGGAGAGAUGUGAAAAUGGUCUGAUGUCCUUUGUUAACAUGAAGAACUGCAUUAGGUUUUACCAAACAGCUGAGGAAAUUCAGGCUGAACUUUUAAAGAAUCAUUGCUCAGAGCUGAUAUCAAAUCACUGGAAUGAUUUCACCAGUGAAGACUUUGAGCACAUGCCUGCCCCCCUCCUUUACCAGAUGUUUAAGACCAAGUCUGAGCACCCUCUCCAUACAGCCAUCAGAGCCAAGCGGGAGGAUGUAGUGUUCCUGUACCUGAUUGAGUUCGACGCCCAGCUCCGUGGCAAGUUGGUAGACAAGUUGAAUGAAGUAGAUAACAGGGGUGACCUCCCCUUAGAUCUGGCCCUGAGUAGUCGACAGGAGAGUAUUGCCAUGACACUUGUCAAUCAUAAAGUAGAUGUUAAUCGCCGUGACAAUGCAGGGAAAUGUCUUCUCCACAAGGCCAUUAAAAGAGCGGAUGAAUUUUCUGCCACCUUCUUGAUUGAGCACCAUGCAGAUGUAAACCUCACCACCUUCCUAGACAAGGAGAGUCCUCUACACAUGGUGGCCAGUUUUAACCCCGAGGUCACUGAGUCAGAGGUCAUGGCGGGGAUGGCUCGACUGGCUCAGAAAAUGAUCGACCAUGAUGCUGAUCCAAACUUGCAAGAUGCUUCUGGAAGUACCCCUCUACAUUGUGCAGUGUAUAAUAAGAAUGAGCCAGUUCUGAAGAUCCUCCUGAACUGUGGGAGGGUGAGGUUUGAAUUGAAGAAUUCUGAUGGCCACACUCCUCUAUGGCUUGCUCUACAACAGGGGGAGGAGCUAGGUGGAUCAGCAGAGCAAGUGUAUGGUCCCUCUAGUUUUGCAGCACAGCUGAUUGCUAAAGGGGCCUCCCCUGAUGCAGUGGAGCCUGAGACAGGUGACUGCCUUUUACAUUUAUGUGCUCGAUGUGGUAACUCAAGAGCAGGGAUAUUUUUAGCAAAACAUGCAGCAAAAGUGAAUCUCACAAAUAGCAAGGGAGAAACUCCUUUACAUUUAGCCUGCCUAAAUGGGCUGACUCAACUUGUAGAGGUAUUACUAGACAAGGGAGCUAAUCCAAACUCACAGACUCAUGCCCCCUCUGUUGAUCAUCUCGGUCUAGAAGAGGAGACAACUCCUGUGUCACAACAAACACCACUUCACUUAGCACUAGUCAACUCUCAUUCCAGCAUCGUAGAACUCUUUCUUCAACAUAAAAUCAAAGCAGCUCAUAGUGAGGACUCCUUUAAGAUAUUACCAAACUUUAACAUCAAGGAUUCCGAGGGACAAACUGUUCUGGGUCUUGCUUUGUGGUCAGGACUCCAUAAUGAGGCUGAUCGUCUGCUGGGAGCAGGGGCCAAUAUAAAUGAGAAAAAUGCAGAUGGCAUGACUCUCCUCCACCAGGCUAUAGAAAAACAGGACACCAAAAGUGCAUUGUUUUUGAUAGAACACCAAGCUGACCUUACAAUAAAAACUAAUGAAUUUGAGACACCACUGCAGCAUGCUAUAAGGCGCCACCUGCCUGUAGUUGUUGAUGUUCUCAGUAAAAAGGGAGCUAACUUAAAUAUCAAGAACAAAGAAGGGGAUUGCCCUCUGUGGCAGGCUCUAGACUCAGGCCAGGAGGAUGUGGCUCAAGUUCUGGUUAAGCAUGGCUGUGAUGUUGAUCUUUGGUCUGAGGGUCCAGGGAAGUGCCAACAGACUCUACUACAUAGGGCUAUUGAUGAGAACAAUGAAUCCAUUGCCUGCUUUCUCAUUAAGAAUGGCUGUGACAAAAAUAGUCCUCGACGGCCAGGGUUAAAUGGAGAAGGAGAGGAUGAAGCAAGGGAUGGAUGCUCCCCACUGCAUCUGGCCUGUACCUGGGGACUUGAACUAGUGGUCCAGUGCCUGAUGGAACAUAAUGCUAAUGUCAAUACCAAGGAUGCAGAGGGAAAGACGCCAAUCCACAUAGCAAUAGAGAACCAGCAUACUGUGAUUAUCUCCCUUUUACUGGCACAUCCAGGAUUGGAUCUGACAGUCAGAGACAGAUCAGGAUUAACUCCCUUCGCAGCUGCCAUGACAACCAAAAACAACAAGGCAGCUCAGGCUAUCCUGAAUAGAGAGCCCAAUGCAGCAGAACAGGUGGAUAAUAAAGGUUACAACUUCCUACAUACAGCGAUACAGAAAAGUGAUAUUGAGAGUGUCUUGUUCCUGAUGAGUGUCCAGGCCAAUGUAAACUCUCCCACUCAAGACUCAAAGAAACUAAUGCCUCUCCACCUAGCUGUCAUGGCAGGCUCUGAGAUGAUUGUCAGGAAUCUGUUGCUAGCUGGAGCAGAUAUAAAUGCUAGAACCAGGCAGGAUGAAACAUCGCUACAUUUAGCAGCAGAGAAGGAUCACGCUGCAAUCUGUUCGAUUCUGCUUAGCAAUAAAAUAGAUUAUGAUGCUGUGGAUGAAAAUCAUAGAAAUGCUCUUCAUGUGGCCACUAUGUAUGGGAAUAUUAACACGGUGAGAGUUUUGCUGACAGAAUCUCGAAUCAAUGCAGAGGCUGUGAAUGCAAAGGGACAGACACCACUCCAUACCCUCGGUCAGUAUGGAAAGGAAAAUGCAGCAGCCAUGUUUGAACUAUUUAGAGAGACCAUGCCAGAUUAUCCGCUGGACAUUCCUGAUGCUGAAGGCAAUACUGUUUUGCUUUUGGCUUACAUGAAUGGUAAUGGAAACCUCUGUCGGAGCCUGGUGAGAGCUGGCGCCAGACUGGGAACGAUGAACAAACAGGGAAUCAGCAUCUUCAAUGCACCUGUAGCUACUAAACAACUCUUAUUUAAAUUACUAGAUAUGUUGUCUUCUGAGCCUGCGUGGUCAGAGGGGGAUAUCUGUUUGGAAUGUGGGGUCAAAUUUGGGAUCAAAACUAGAAAACAUCAUUGCCGUCACUGUGGACGACUACUGUGUUCAAAGUGUUCUUCUAAAGACAUGCCUAUUGUUAAGUACAACCUACCUAAGCCUGUACGCGUAUGUGAAAUAUGCUUUGAUGUCCUCAGCCUUGGAGGAACGUUCUAGUGACCAGUCUAAUUAGCAUUUCUAAUUAACCAAUUAUUACAGUCAGUGAUAGAUACAUGUAGGUGUUGUAAUGUUGCUUUUUGAGCAGUGUUAUUGCAUAGAUUUACAAACAACUCCUUGCUCUUUUAAAAUUAUACACUUUCUUUAGAUUGUUAAUUGCAUUGUAUAUGGAGGCAUUUAGUCAAAACAGGUUCUUUAUCAAAUAGAAGAAAUAUUUACAUUUUUUUUUUUCACGCUAUGAAGAAUAUAUAUCACUUUGAAGUUCUUUCAUCAGCCACUGCUUAUUAAACAAAAUGUCACUGCUAUGAGAGAUGACUCUAAAUUAGUAAUCGCUUAUGUUUAUAUGAAAUUCUCAUCAUUAACAAUUUUUAACUCAGGAUUUUUCUCAAGAUUUACCUGUAAUAGUACAGUGAUUUUUUUUUUCCGAAUAUCAUUUGUGUCUAAAUCUCCUGAAAAUUGUUUGAAUGCAAGAAAAGUAGGCAAACGGUUAUCUCCCUUUGACAAAAAUAAUUGAUAAUUUAAAAUAGAUGGUCAACAAAGAUUGAAUGACUUCUGUGGGUAUUAUUCACAAGAAUUUCAAUGCAUUUUAUUUAAAGAUUUAUGUAUAUUAGAAUUGCAAGUACAGUAUUUACUACAUUUAACAGAAUAGGUAUAAUGUGAAUUUUAAACAAACUAUGAGUAUCAAUGGUGAACAAGAAUGCAUAUCUUUAAUUGUCAUAAUACUUGCCUACUUAGUACUAGAUAAAAGCAUUAUACCUCUUUUUUAUUCUGAAAUAUAGAUUAACCAAUACUAAACAAUUAUUUUCAUUUGUUUAUUCAAAAGAGAACCAGGAAGGUAUGUUUUAUGAAUUGAACGGUCUUACUUAUUAAAAAGAAGAUUUCGUGAAAUAUUCCUUUUUAAAUUCAGAACCCACGUUAUUAGUAAUAAAUUAAAGCUUGUAAGAAAAAAAGAACCCAGUGAUGUAAAGACUGUUUGAAUAACUUCAAGUACAAUCUAUAAACUUCUGAGCCAGUGAAAUAUUUCUACCUCUUGCGCUCCAUGAUUGCUUUGCAUAAAAAUUGGAAUACCAUUUAUCAUUACAAUGUAAUGUGAAACUGUGCCAUUCUUAUGGUGUAAGAAACAGAGUUAUGUUCAUAUCAAAAAUUCAAGACAGCAGUAAAUAUAUCUGUCUUUCUAAGAUUAUCUGUAAGAUUGGCAUUAUAAGAUGCAGAAGCAGGGUUUUAGGUGCAAUAUACAAUGAACAAAUUUUGUUUUUAUUUAUUUACAGUAUGUUGUUACUGCUUUAUAUUCUUAUGUAUGCAUUAAAUGUGUCAAAGUA